AUGGCUAAGGGUAGUAAAGGAAUUCAAAAGAAAACUAUAAAAUCAUCCAAAACUCCAAGUAAAUUGUUAAAAAAAACUUCCAAAUCAACAACAUCAAAAAUUGAUAAAUUAGAUGCAAGUCUUGAUUUAUCAGAAAUUACAUUAGAUUUAAUGAAUCAUGAAGCUGCUAAACAGAAAAAGAAGUCUAUUUUAGAUCAUAAAGAUUUGAAAAAAGAUCAUGAUAAAGAUGUUGCUACUCAAGAAACUCAAAAACAAAAUGAAGGUGAUAUGAUGAAACAAUUGGAAAUGAUUGGAUUCAAAGCAUGA